GGCUCCAGCUCUGCACCACCAUGCUCGCCCUGGAGGCUGCACAGCUCGACGGGCCACACUUCAGCUGUCUGUACCCAGACGGCGUCUUCUAUGACCUGGACAGCUGCAAGCACUCCAGCUACCCCGACUCAGACGGGGCUCCUGAUCCCCUGUGGGACUGGGCCGGGUCCCCGCCUGUCCCAGCUGCCCCCUAUGAAGCCUUCGACCCGGCAGUGGCCGCUUUUGGCCACCCCCAGGCUGUCCAGCUCUGCUAUGGACCCUCCGCCUACAGCUCUGCAGGGGGCCUCGACCCGGCCCCCAGCCUGGAGGCCGCAGGGCCCGGCCUCCCAGCGUACCCCACAGAGGACUUCUCCAGCCAGACUCUGGGGCCCCCGGCGUUCGCCCCGUACCCCAGCCCCGUGCUGUCGGAGGAGGAAGAUCUGCUGCUGGACAGCCCCGCCCUGGAGGUUUCGGACAGCGAGUCGGACGAGGCCCUCGUGACCGGCCCCGAGGGGAGGGGAUCUGAGGCAGGGGCCCGCAAGAAGCUGCGCCUGUACCAGUUCCUGCUGGGGCUGCUGACCCGCGGCGACAUGCGCGAGUGCGUGUGGUGGGUGGAGCCCGGCGCCGGCGUCUUCCAGUUCUCCUCCAAGCACAAGGAGCUCCUGGCGCGCCGCUGGGGCCAGCAGAAGGGCAACCGCAAGCGCAUGACCUACCAGAAGCUGGCGCGCGCCCUGCGCAACUACGCCAAGACCGGCGAGAUCCGCAAGGUGAAGCGCAAGCUCACCUACCAGUUCGACAGCGCGCUGCUGCCCGGCGCCCGCCGCGCCUGAGCCCCGCCCGGCUGCCCCGGGAGCCCCAGACCGCCUGUGGAGCCGCUUGGGGACCUCGCGGCCCAGCCAGGACUCCUCUGGGGUCCCCGUGGCACGUUCGCCACGCCCUAGGUCAUAGGCCCUGCGGAACCCACACUCGAGGUGGGGGAGUGGCCAGUAAUCCCUAAGCCCUGCGCAGGGGCCCCUGUGGCAUUCCUCUGCCACGUAGGGUCCCCAGAUGCUCGUGCUUUGGGGCUCAGGAUUCGUAGACCACUAAUGGGGGGUGCCGGGGUGGGGUACUGCUUCCAGAAGCUUCUCUGGGAAUCCCCCGACCGGGCCUGGGACCUCCCCAAGACCCCUUGGGAACCCUGAAGUCUCAUGGAGGGGAGCGCACAGAUCAUCACACCAGGAGGGGGGCCCUGCCAGCGACCCUGAGCCCUGUCCAGGGUCCCCUCCUCGUGUCUGAGUCCCUCUUGUCAGAUCCGAGCCCUCCUAGUCCUUUAUCAUGUCUCAGAUCUCUGUGCCCAUCUGUGACUCUUGUUACAUCUGUCCCCUCAAAUCCCUUUGCCAUCCUUGAGAUCCUCUGGUUCUCUGGAACCAUUCCACUGUCACUUUCUUGUGUCUGGAAUUCUCCAAUCACAUCCAGGGCCCCUCUGGGAUCCUUUGUCAUGUCCAAAAUCACUCUGGUCAGGUCUAGGAUGGGGGGUUCAGUGAACUGAGUCAUAUCGGGGCCCCCACUGGGAUGCCCUUGCCAUCUCUGGGAUCCCCCAAUCACAUCUGAGGCCCCCCUAGGGUCCCCAUCUGAUAUGCCCCUUUAGGGACCUCACAGCAGCCAUAAGUUCUCAUGGGGACCCUACCCAUCCUGGGGGGCCCUCCAUAUGGUCACACUGAGGAUCAUUCUGGCCACUCAGCCGAUUUCUGGGUGAUUUUGGCAGCUUCUCCUGUCCUUCCUGACCAGAGGUAUCAAGCUGGUCCCCUCCACAGUCUAGGCAAACUAGGUCCCUGGUGGUGUUUUCUUUAGUUCACUGCAGCAUUUGGGGGUUUGGGUGGGUGGCUGGGUGGGUGGGAUCACAUUAACAACUUACCUUUCAAAAUGGGGAGAUUUUACAGAAUCCAGGUUUCUGCCUUCACUUAAAACUUUGGGCGAUCUGGCGACAGUGGGCCAGCUUUGCAGUCUGGGGAGGCCGGAACAGGACGUGGCCCCUCCUAAUGUGGCAUUUCUGCUCCAAUGUGCCCCGGUUUCUGCCUCCCCCGGCUGUCUUACCCCAGUGGCUUCUGUCAGCUGCCUGUUUGGCCUCAACCAUUUGUGCCUCAACCCCUGGGUAAGCCCAGCUGUAGCCGACGCCUGCGUGACUGUGGGGCUCUGACUGGGACCCCUGGGGAGUCGCAGCGUGGUCCAAGAGGACAGAGGUCCAGGUCCUUGAGCCUGGGUGGGCCGGGUGAUCUAAGGGGAAAUGACUGCCAGGCCUGUGUGUCCCUUUGGUGAAAGGGGGAGAGGAGGAGGAGGAGGAAGAUCUCAAAAAGUACUUGCAGCCCUGUUGAGCCUUUGACACACGUGAAACCCACCCCACUCCCCACUGAUGUCGAGGAGGAGGAGCAUCAAAGACCCAGAGAGGCAAGAAGCCCACGUGGGGGACACACAGUGGCUGGCCACAGAGCCUAGGCUGGGGCCUGCCCUCAAGAGGAGUGGGGAGGGAAGGAGGGAGGCACGUGCAAAACAACGUCCUCCCCAAGGCCUCCUGCUACAAAGAAGGUACUUUUACAAAAGCUACCGCCGCAUCCUAAAUGUUGAAUAAAAGAAGAUAAAACAAAAGAAAUCAAGGUAGACCUCCUGGGACACUUUGUCAGGGAUUGCAAUCCUGCCCCUCCAUCGGAGACGGCGACAACAAGGGGGAAAAAGAGACUGGAGUUCAAAGAGGAGUUCAAACAGCCAGACCUGGCUGAGCUUUGCCGAAUAAAGGGGUUGCGGUGCCAGCA